AUGGGAAAAAUUUUACUACAAUUAGUGCAUAAGGACCAACAACGACCUGGAAUGUUGGCAUUACCGCCUAAACAACAGAGGAAGACGAGCUUGAUGUUUAAUACGUUUUUAUCAAAAGGUCAGACAAAAAAACUGCAAGAUGCUAUCGUCCACAACGUUGAACCAUCAGACAACAUCAAACAUUUUAAGACCAAAUUCCAACAGCAACAUACCAUAUGGACUCCAUGCUCCUUGCCGGAAUAUGGAUUCAACUUUCCUUGUGUAUGUUGCCGCAGCAUGACAAUCUUUGUCAUAAGUAUUACAGGCAAGGCAACUACCCUAAAAGUUGAGCCAUCAUACACGAUUAAAGACGUCAAAUAUGAAAUUUUUUAUGAGCAAUCUGUAAGUCCAAACAUUCAACGUUUGAUUUUUAAAGGAAGGCAGUUGGAAAAUGAACGUACUCUGUCCGACUACAACAUACAGGAUAAGUCCGAAUUUCAUCUUCUUGUUUGUAUGAGGGGCGGCGGUGAGAGCCAGGAGAUCGCUGUCAAAACCUCCACUGGCAAUUCCGUCACUCUGACAGUUGACCCAUUAGACACUAUUGAAAGUAUAAAGGUUGCAUUUCAAGAAAAGGAAGGCACCCCUCCUAGUCAGCAACGUUUGGUAUUUAAGGGAAUCCAGUUGGAAAAUGGACGCACUCUAUCCGACUACAAUAUAGAAAUGGGAUCCACUCUCCAUAAUGAUAAUGGCAUGCAAAUUUUUGUCAAAACCGUCCGCACUGGCAAAACCAUUACUUUAGAAGUUAUGCACUCAACCACAUUUGAAAAUGUGAAAGCGACAAUUCAAGACAAGGAAGGCAUCCCUCCAGAUCAGCAACGUUUGAUAUUUAAAGGAAGAGUGUUCGAAUCUGAACGUACCCUGUCCAGCUGCAACGUACAAGCAGGGUCCACUAUCUAUCUUGUGCAGCGUCCACAUGGCUUCAUUACUGUCUUCAUCAUAACCCAGACUGGCAAGAAAAUGACCGCAGAAGUUAAGCUAACCUUCACUAUCAAAAAUUUAAAAGCUGACAUUCAAGACAAGGAAGGUUUCCCUUUAGAUCAGCAAUGUUUGUUCUUAGGAGGAAAGCAGUUGGAAGAUGGACAUACAUUGUCCGACUACAUACAAAAGGAGUCUACUUUCGAUCUUAAGUUUAUUUCCUCUAGUAUGAUGCAAAUGUCUGUCGAAACUCAGCCCUCAAAAUGCUAA